CAUUUCCUAAAGAUAAUUGGCCUUGAAUGCAUGUCUUGAAGAAUUAAUCUAAAAUUGAAACAUAUAAACCAAAUCAUAUGUCUCUUUAAUUCAUCAGCAAUGGCUACUCAAGGACUGCAUCUGAUCUUGUUGAUCUUCUUUAAUCACCUGAUUUGCUUGUUAGGUCGUAAACAAGGAGCAGGUUUCAUCUACAACGGCUUUCUCCAAGCUCAAGCUGAUCUUCAUCUAGAUGGAGCUGCAAAAAUCCUCUCUCCAGAUGGAUUGUUGCAGCUGACCAACGCCUCAACACAGCAAAUGGGUCAUGCCUUCUUCAAGCAUCCAUUUGAUUCAUCUGAGAAGAACUUCUCAUUCUCAACUCAUUUUGUGUGCGCACUUGUGCCUAAACCAGGAGCUGAAGGCGGCCAUGGAAUCGCCUUUGUCGUAUCUUCCUCCUUGGAUUUCACACACGCAGAUCCAACACAGUACAUGGGGCUCUCCAACAUCUCAACAAACGGAUCUCCAUCUUAUCAGCUUCUAGCUAUUGAGCUUGAUACUGCUAAAAGCGCAGAGUUUGAUGAUAUAGACAAGAACCAUGUCGGUAUAGACAUCAACAGCCUCAGGUCUAUAGAGUCUGCUUCAGCUUCUUACUAUUCAAACACCAAAGGGAAGAGCCUGAAGCUCUUAAGUGAAGAGCCUUUACAGGUAUGGGUGGAUUAUGAAAGAACUUUACUCAAUGUCACAGUGGCUCCUCUAAGAAUCCAGAAGCCAAACCAUCCUCUCUUGUCAAGAUCCAUCAAUCUUACUGAAAUCUUCCUGGAUCACAAACUGUUCUUCGGAUUCUCUGCAGCAACAGGGUCAUUGGUCAGUUACCAAUACAUCUUAGGAUGGAGUUUCAGCAGAAGCAGAGAGCUGUUGCAGAGACUGGACAUGUUAAAACUUCCUCAGAUUCCUCAUCCAAGAGCCACACAAAAGCAAACAUCUCCACUUCUCAUUGUUUUGUUUGUGUUGCUAUCACUCACACUGUUGGCUGUUCUUGGAGGAGUUCACUUAUACAGGAGGAAGAAGUAUGCAGAAGUCAAAGAAGCAUGGGAGAAACACUAUGGCCCACACCGGUUUUCAUAUAAAUCUCUAUACAAAGCAACAAGAGGCUUUGAACAUCGUUUAGGGAAAGGCGGUUUUGGAGAAGUUUACAGAGGGAAUCUGCCUCGCAUUGGAGAUAUAGCGGUAAAGAGAGUGUGCCACAGUGCAAGGCAAGGCAUGAAACAGUUUGUAGCUGAAGUAGUGACUAUGGGAAGUUUGAAGCAUAGAAACUUGGUUCCUCUUCUUGGAUACUGCAGAAGGAAAGGAGAGCUUCUUCUUGUCUCUGAGUAUAUGUCUAACGGAAGUCUUGAUCGGUACUUGUUUCACAGAGAUAAACCACCUCUUUCAUGGGAACAAAGGUUUGUGAUUUUGAAGGAUAUUGCCUCUGCUCUCAGUUACCUGCACACAGGAGCUAACCAAGUUGUGUUACACCGAGAUAUAAAAGCUUCAAACGUCAUGUUGGAUUCUGAAUUCAAUGGACGGUUAGGAGAUUUUGGAAUGGCUAGGUUUGAAGAUUACGGAGAUAGCUUACCCGCAACGGCUGCUAUAGGAACAAUGGGUUACAUGGCACCUGAGCUAACAACAAUGGGAACUUCUACGAGAACCGAUGUUUAUGCGUUUGGUGCUUUCAUGCUUGAAGUAACAUGUGGAAGGAGACCACUAGAUACCAAGGUUCCAUCUGAGGAAAGGCAUUUGAUCAAAUGGGUUUGUGAUUGCUGGAGAAGUGAUUCUCUGCUGGAUGCUGUAGAUAUACGAUUGGGACUUGAAUGCUCAGAAGAGGAAGUUGAUAUGGUUCUGAAACUCGGAUUGCUCUGCACAAAUGUUGCUGCGGAAUUAAGACCAAACAUGGAACAGGUGGUGCAAUACAUAAACCAGAAUCUGCCACUGCCCAUCUUCUCACCAGAUUCUCCAGGGAUUGGGGUUUAUAUUCCGGUUUUGAUGGAAGCGGCCUUCACUUCAAGAAGCUCUUUAGCACCAUCAGCCUCUCCUCCUUCGCCUCAUAACUCCAUGUUUGUUACGCACACAAUCACAUACGGAGAUGGAAGGUGAAAACUUUUCUUACUUUUUUCAGACAAAUACAAUGUAAUCGGUUUGUGUAUAUCAGUUUUAGGCUUUU